AUGUCGGAAAGGGAAGAUAAUGUGUAUAAAGCUAAAUUAGCUGAGCAGGCUGAGCGUUACGAUGAAAUGGUUGAGGCUAUGAAGAAUGUGGCCUCCCGUAACAUAUCAGACAACGAGCUGACCGUGGAGGAGAGGAACCUGCUGUCGGUGGCUUACAAGAACGUCAUCGGAGCCCGCCGAGCCUCUUGGAGGAUCAUCUCCUCUAUCGAACAGAAAGAAGAGACCAAAGGCGCGGAGGACAAGCUGAGCAUGAUCCGCGCCUACCGCAGCCAGGUGGAGAAGGAGCUGCGCGACAUCUGCUCCGACAUACUCGGCGUGCUGGACAAACACCUCAUACCAGCCUCGCAGACCGGCGAGUCGAAGGUGUUCUACUACAAAAUGAAGGGUGACUAUCACCGAUACCUGGCCGAGUUCGCGACGGGCAACGACCGUAAGGAGGCGGCGGAGAACUCUCUGGUGGCUUACAAGGCAGCCUCCGACAUCGCUAUGACGGAGCUGCCUCCCACACAUCCCAUACGACUCGGACUAGCGCUCAACUUCUCGGUGUUCUACUACGAAAUCCUGAACAGCCCGGACCGCGCGUGCCGGCUGGCGAAGGCGGCCUUCGACGACGCCAUCGCGGAGCUGGACACGCUCUCCGAGGAGAGCUACAAGGACUCUACGCUGAUCAUGCAGCUGCUGCGCGACAACCUGACGCUGUGGACGUCGGACAUGCAGGGGGACGCGGAGCCCGACCAGGAGCCCAAGGAGCCCGCGCAGGAGCCCGACGACCAGGACGUGUCGUAA